AUGUCAGCGUUCGUGAUGCCGACCGAAGCGUGCCCGACGGCGAUCCGGUGUUCAUGCUACGGGUUUUCGGCCACGACAGGCAAGGCAAGGGGGCCCUUCGGGUCGUACAAGUUUUCGUUGUGGGUCAACAACCCGAGAUUUGGAGGCACCUUCAACUCCUCUGCCGCCAUCUCGCUCGUCUUGAUGUUGUUUUGCAUGUUUGACAACAACAAUGAUGGAUGA